GUCCAGUCGGCUCCCGUAUCCUUAACCAUCUCCCUGUGUGUCCCUCCCGCCGAAGGCCUCUUGCCCAGGACUUCUCAGAGCUAAUGGAAGCCAUGCCGUGAGAGCUGCCCAGACUUGCUCGUAGCCAUGACGGAGCCCCACCGGGUUCAGUUCACUUCUCUCCCAGGUCCGCUGAGCACCAGCUUCUUGAAGAAGCCUCGCAGGGAGGAUGUGUCGGGAGCGGAGCUGCCCCAGGACUCUGAACCGGCCGCAGCGGCAGUUCGCAUCACGCUCACCCUUUUUGAGCCGGAUCACAAGCGUUGCCCGGAGUUUUUCUACCCUGAGCUUCUGAAGAACACUCGAGGGAAACUGAAGGGUGUUUCUUCUGGAGACAAGAGGAAAGACCAUGUUGAUCCCUUCAAUGAUGAGGAAAGAGAGAGACACAAAGUGGAGGCUCUUGCCCGGAAGUUUGAAGAGAAAUAUGGGGGCAAGAAACGCAGGAAGGACCGUAUUCAGGACUUGAUUGAUAUGGGGUAUGGGUAUGACGAAUCCGAUUCCUUCAUUGAUAAUUCUGAAGCGUACGAUGAACUUGUUCCAGCUUCUCUGACUACAAAGUAUGGAGGGUUUUACAUCAACUCAGGAACGCUGCAGUUCCGCCAAGCAUCGGAAUCGGAGGAUGACUUUAUCAAAGAGAAGAAGAAGAAAUCUCCCAAGAAGCGGAAGUUGAAAGAAGGCGGUGAAAAAAUGAAGAAGAAGAAAAAAGAUGAUUCUUAUGACAAGGAAAAAAAGUCAAAAAAAUCCAAGUUCCCCAAAGCCGGCUUCACAGCACUGAAUGCCAGUAAAGAGAAGAAGAAAAAGAAAUACUCUGGAGCUUUGAGCGUCAAGGAGAUGCUGAAGAAAUUCCAGAAGGAAAAGGAAGCUCAGAAAAAGAGGGAUGAGGAGCAGAAGAUGGUGACACUCACCCCAGCAGAAGCUCCGGCCCCACGAGAAGUGGAGACCAUAUCUGAUCCUUUGCUAUCUCUCUUUGGCCAUGCCAGUGAUAAUGACUUGCUUCAGGCUGUCACUGCUGUGGACUCAUUGAAUGAUCUGGACCUGGACCUGGAGCGGCUCUUCAAUGAAUCUCCAGAAGGGAGUCCCUUCCAUGAUGUGGAGGAUGGAAGUGACCCUCUUGGGAUGGGUUUGGAACAGGAAUUUAAACAGCCACCCUCCCUCCCAGAAGGACUACCAGCUCCACUGGAGAGACGGAUCAAGGAAUUGACCCAGGCUGCAAGAGCUGCAGAAGGAGAAGGCAAACAGCGGUUCUUCACCCAGGAUGUCAAUAACAUCAUACUGGACAUAGAGCUACAGACCCGGGAGCUGAACAGCCAGAUCCGAUCUGGGGUCUAUGCCCACCUGGCCGCUUUCCUGCCUUGCAGCAAGGACACUCUGGUCAAGCGUGCCCGCAAACUUUAUCUCUAUGAGCAGGGUGGACGCUUGAAAGAGCCUCUCCAGAAGCUGAAGGAAGCCAUUGGCAGGGCAAUGCCAGAGCAGAUGUCUAAAUACCAGGAUGAAUGCCAAGCCCAUACGCAAGCCAAGUUUGCUAAGAUGUUGGAAGAGGAAAAGGACAAGGAGCAGAGAGACCGGAUUUGCUCUGAUGAGGAAGACGACGAAGAGAAGGGAGGAAAGCGCAUCAUGGGACCACGAAAGAAAUUUCAGUGGAAUGAUGAAAUCAGGGAGCUGCUUUGCCAUGCGGUGAAGAUGAAAGUGGAUGGCUAUGAGCUUGAGAAAAACAAGGUUCAGUCUUUGGAAGAUUAUUUGAAAACCUUCCUAGAUGCGGAAGUGAAAGCCCUCUGGCCAAAGGGCUGGAUGCAGGCCAGGACACUGUUCAAGGAGAGCAGGCGUGUGCAUGGGCACCUAACAUCCAUCCUGGCAAAGAAAAAAGUGAUGGCUCCUCCAAAGGUGAAAGUGAAGGACUCCUCCAGUAAGCCAGAUAAAAAGAUUCCUAUAUCUGUUCCAUUGAUCCACUCAAGUGGCACAGUUUCUCUGUCUUCAGAGCCCCAGGGAGCAGGCAUGGGCAUCAGCACCCAGACUCGAGAGCUCUUGGCUCUCAGUGCUUCCCAGGCAUCUAGCAGUGCAGCCACCCCUGCUGCCUUCAGUAUGGAUGACUCCCUGGAUGAGGACUUAAUUCAUAACCCAACCUCCUCGCUGGAAGCUGUCUCAAAAGAGCUGGCUGUGCUAAAUAGCAGGGCAGCUGGAAGCCCCGAUUUCACACUUCCUGGGACCCCAAAAACUCCUUCAGAGAAGAUGACAAAUCUCACCAGUUCAGAGGAGAAAAGGAACUUUGCUAAGUCCAGUCCUUCUCCUUCCCCGUCCCCCAGUGGCUCUCUCCAGUCACCCCUCAAUUUCCUGGCUGAACAGGCACUGGCAUUGGGACAGUCCACUCAAGACAAAAAGACAGAGAGUUCCAGUUUCAAAGAACUGUCCUGCCAAACCUCCCCCAAUAAAAUCCCUGAUGCACAUCAGGCCAAACAGAAGCACCACAGCCUGCAGCGACCAAGUCAUGGGCCCCAGACGUCAACACCUGUGCCGGCCACCCAGGUAAAGGUCUUUCACUCGAACAGCCAGCAACAAAAAAACUUCACAUCCCCAGCUCCAUUUGUCAAGCUGCAGAGCCCCAAGUCCACCUCCCCCCUUCCCCAGCGCUCUCUCCUCCAGCAGGUUAAGACGUCAACUAAAGCUCAGAGCUUCCAUUCCUCAGCUUCAUCAGCAGCAGGCAGCACCCCAGCUUCAAGCAGCUCUCACAAGACCCCAGGCUCCUCUCCGGCAUCCAUGAGCUAUGCAGGGAAGCACUCAGUCAGCUCCAGUUCUUCAGGCCAAUCCUACAAAGCUCCUUUCAUUUCUGGCUCCCUUUCCAAGCAUGGGGCUUCUUCCGGCAGUUCCACAUCUGGUGUGCCUGCAAACCAGAGCUCCUCCUCAGGGAGCUUGCUCUCCGGUGUGCAGACACCCUCCCCAGGGCAAACCUCCAGCCGCUCCUCCCCAAGCUCCACCAUAAAGAAAACUCCAGUCUCCCAGAAGCUGACUUUAGUAGCACCACCUGGUGGCCCAAAUGGAGACACAAGUGGAGGGACUCAAGGAGUGGCGAAGUUAUUGACCUCCUCCCUCAAGCCAGCUGUGGUGAGCAGCACUGCAUCUUCUACCUCUGUGCCGGUCUUCUGGCUGGCUUGCACUCCAGCCCGCACCAUGCAGCACCACUCCCACACUCUGCCCUGUCCACCCAUUUACCGCAAAGUUUGCCAGAUGCAUCUCAGCUUCAUGGCAAAGGGUCCAAUGCACCACAGCGGAAGUUGUGACACUUGGAAGGGAACGAGCUUGCACCAGCACAGGACAAACCCACGAGGAGCAGGCCAGGAACACUGGGUGCUGACUCCAUCACUUUCUCUGUUCCUCAUGGCAAUGGGAGGACCUGAACUGAGGAAAGAAAGAGCUUCUCAGCACUUGCCUCCAGGGGAUUUGCAAGGUGGACCCUAGCAUAGGUUGUCUUGAGAGAAAUGCCUGUGGCACCAUUCCACUGCUGCUGCCCCUCACACUACACUGGCACUGACAGGCACCAGAACUUGCAGAGGAACAAGGAUGGCGCAUCUUUCAACAAGCUGAGCACCAUCGGCGCACCAGUGCAGAGUACCUCCAAGUUCAAUUACCUCCUUGAUAUCCCAGUGGAGUAUGUGAAAGGUGCUUCUUCUUGCUUUGAAUUUACUUAGAUAACUGUAGCACUUCCCGUGCUUUCUGAAGACAUUGACUCCAAUUUUUCAGUUCUACUAUGAAGCUAUGCUAAAGCUAAUAGGAGAACCUAGCACUUCCUCUACGGUAAAUAUAACAAAUUGCCUGAUGUUCCCCUCUGGAAGAGAAUGAGGACUCUUUAGAGACUUUUUGGAUGCACUCAUGAGCAUUGAAAUGAUUCUACAUCUUUUAUUUUUGUUUCCUUCAAAGGGAUGCUUUUCUUUUGGCUCAGUUUUAUCCUCAUUACCAUCGAAUGCAUUGGAUUGGAUGGGACACUUCUCAGCAUGUCAUGUGUAUAGGAAGACAUAAUUCCAGUGCCUUUUAUGGUGGAGCAAGAAUGGACUAACUACACACAUUUCAGCCCUUUUUUGCGCGCUCCUCAACCCUUUUUUAAUCAUUCUGUAUUUAAGAUGUAUUCCGUUUUAUUUAAUAGAGCUUUUUAUGGUUGCACAUCAAAAGCUGCACUGUCCAGACUUAAAUGGUGACUUGGUUACUGCAAGUCCAGUACCAAAUCCAGCAAGAGCACCAGUUCUUACCUGAUCUGAGUUUGUGCAAGUGGGUUCCAGACCCUCCCCUAAAGCCAUUCUUUACUAGGGUCUUCAGUAAUGAUCUUUUUGGUGGGCAGAGGGAGUGAUCUAAAUGAACUAAGGAUGCUGAUAAUCAAAUGAAUUCUGGUGGAUAUUGCUCUCCUUGAUGACUUCUGCACUAAAAUCAUUUGACUUGUCAGAGCUGCAGAAAUGAGGAACUGGCUAGCAUGGGAGUGUGGUGUUCUAGCUUUAGACCUGUAUGCUAACCUCACUCUCUUUGCGCAUCCCCUUUGGAUGUAGCAUAGACUGAGGGCAGUCUGUGUUUCUCAGAUGGUAAGCCCCAUUGAAUUGUAGUUGCAGUGUUGUGAUCUCCCUUUUUACAGGCCACCUCCAUAUGGUCUGGUUAUCUGAGCUUCAGAAAGAGUAGUACUUAUAUGUUAAAAAAACCCAUGGUAUUAAAACUAAACGCUUGCAGACUUCCUCCGGUGCUUUGGAAGGGAGGCUGACUGAGAGUAUAUAACCAGCAAACAUUCAACCAAGUUUUCUCUUUUUUUAAUAAGACCCAAGAUGCAUCUCUUUAAUUCAGACUGAUAAAUGACUUCUCCAGAUCACUUCAUUGUUUAUAUUUUUAAAAGAAAAUGCAGCUCAAAUUUCAAAUUUGUUUACAAAAAAUAAAAAAAAAUCUAGGUUGUAGCAAAAGAGCCAAAGACAGAAUUUGUGUUAAGGUAAAGCACAGCAGUUAUUGAUGGACUCUGAGCAAUGGAUGUCGCAUGGUUCCCAUUCAGGACCUCCUCUUGAGUGGCAGCUGAAAGUGUGUUCAAUGCCUGGCAAGCCUCAGGCCCUUAAUGAGCUACCCGAGGUACUGGUUCCACUCCCUCUUUUUGCUUUCACUUGAAUGCUUCUGCUGGGAGGCACCUUCCCGUGUCCCUGCUGGAGCUGAAUGCCCUCAUUUUAGGAAUUUAGUGAAGCCUCUUGCCUCAGGGAAAUGUUUAUUCGGUGGAAAUUCUGUGGGAUAUUUUUCUUUUUUUCUUUACACGCUAUAAUGAACGAGUGAAUGAAUUUAAACAGCCGUGGCAAGGCAGGACUGUGGAGAGAGAUCACACCUGAUGGGGAGCAGAGUGACUGGGAUAUCUGCCUUGGCUAGGCACGUUUAGCUGUUUUCUUUCUCGCAGAGUGGUGAGCCUCCUCCUGAUGGCACUUAUUGAGUAUGGCAGUUUCUUUUGGGUGUAAGAGCUGCAAUUUAUUUUUAUUAUUUUUUGUGUGUGUUGGGGCUGUCUAGAUGACAAUGAUGGGGGUGGUGUGAAAACUUAAUCUUGUACAGAGCAACUGAAUAAAUUGUUUCAAAGUUUCCAAAA